AUGGCGCGUGGUCAUCAAAAAUUCCAGUCUCAACAAAAAAAUCUUAAGAAACAAGAAGAGUUAAAAAAGUCUAAAGGAAAUGAUCAAAGAGCAGCUGCCCAAAAAGCGUUAAUUCAUAAGUGCAGCGUUUGCAUGGCAUUAAUGCCAGAUCCAAAGACUUAUAAGCAACAUUUUGAAUCGAAACAUCCGAAAGUCGCUUUGCCGACGGAACUUAUUGAAAUUCAAUCCUAA